ACCUGAGGUUGGCUUGCCAGGUAGUGUUUUUCAGACGAAGAUAAUCGUCCUAAACGGUGGAUUCGUCCCACUAAAAAAUAACGGCUACGGAUUUCGUAGAGUUUGGGUAUGACUCCGGAAUUUAUAAGUUUUAUAUAUAACUAGGGCUUUCGCUAGUUAGAGAGAAAACAUCGCUUUCCGUGUUUAUCGCUCGCUCCAGUUCCCUUUUCCUGUCGCAGAGCCCAAAUUGUAGGAGCCGCAAGCUAACUAGCAAGUAGCUAACCAGGUAAUGUAUGUGGCUAGCUGUAGUAAAUUAGCUGCUUUGGACAUUGGUUUGGUAGCAGUCUAGUUACUCGGCUUUUAACGGACCGCUUGCAUAUUUGUUGUUAGGUAGCAAGGUGAAAUCUUACUAAGUUAACGUUAGCUAGCUAGCUAGCAGGUGGUGUUGACGAGUUAUCUACAUUAUGUACCAAAGUACCUAGCCUUUGCCUUAUAGCCAUUGCAUUCCUCCUAACGGUACAGGUGAAAUUGAUUAGUUCGUUAGCGUGCUAGCUGUUUGGGAAAAUUCAAUAUUAAAUGUUCCUUUAUUUAUAAAAUCGACCCGGCUAGUAACAGCAAGCCAGCUAGCUACAUAGGUAGUGUCUUAGGAGGGUGAAUGGCAGGAUAACUAACGAUUAACUGGCUAUCCGUUGUCGAUAUCAAAGCUGUGAACAAAUGUUAAACGUGCACGAUCGAACAUUUGCAAAUUAGUUAACUUUGGUUACCUCUGUGUCUUCGCUAGAUAGUUGUCUUAUAAUUUCUCACGCUUGCAACUUCAUGUAAAUGCGAUUUGACAUGUUUAACGCUACCUACACUCGUAAGGCAGCUGGCAAACUCGCUACAAACCCCAUACACAGCAGUUUAGCUUGCUAGUUGAUUAGUGAGUGUCUGUCUGUAUUAGGCUAGGUAGCUAACGGGAAACGAAGCCAGUUUGCGCAACGUUACAAGUACCCAUCUGUCUAGAAGACCGGUUGGUGCUAGGCGGUGUUAAGUGGGUGAGUGUGGAAAAUAGUCGUGAAACAAAUAGCAGGCUUCUUUGUGCCAAGGGUCCCCCCCUCUUCCCCCUCCACGCUUCACCGCUUCCGCCCUGCUUGCCAUCCGCUGACCACAGUCAUGACGACUCAGAGAGACCCCGACACGAUUAACCUGCGUCUGAUCCUGGUCAGCGGGAAGACGAAAGACUUCACCUUCUCGCCCAACGACUCGGCCACCGACAUCGCCAAGCACGUCUACCAUAACUGGCCCGAGGGCUGGGAGGAGGAACAGGUGAGCAGCCCCAGCAUCCUGCGGCUCAUCUUUCAGGGCAGGUUCCUGCACGGCAACGUCACUCUGGGAGCUCUGAAAUUACCCCCGGGCAGAACAACAGUCAUGCAUUUGGUGGCCAGAGAGACGCUGCCAGAGCCCAACUCCCAUGGUCAGAGGAACCGGGAGAAGGCCACAGAGAGCAGCUGCUGCCUGCUGUUGUAAAACGCUUCCCUCCUUCCGCCCACACUCAUCCCCUCCCACGCCCCUGCCCCCCUCAUGUCCACCGUCCCCC